CCCGAGCUCCGCGACGGCGGCGAUGGCGGGCGGGGACGCGGCGCUGCGCGGGCUGCUGAGGCGCCACCGCACCGACAUCGCCGUGGCCGUGGACAGCGCCUUCCCGCUGCUGCACGCGCUGGCCGACCACGACGUGGUGCCUGACGACAAGUUCCAGGAGACCCUGAGACUGAAGGACAAGGAGGGCUGUCCCCAGGCCGUCCACGCCCUCCUCUCCUGGCUCCUGACGCAGGACGCCGCCACCAUCCUGGACUUCUGGAGGGUUCUUUUCAAGGACUACAACCUGGAGAGAUACGUCCGGCUGCAGCCUGUUCUGGACAGCUUCCCCAAAGACGUGGACCUCAGCCAGCCCCGGAAGGCGAGGAAGCCCCUCACUGGCCCCAAGGCCCCUGCUCUGCCGCCCAAACCCCCAGCCAAGAGGAAGGCCCCUGAGGAGCCGCGGGCCACCCCACCAGCAGCCCCGACCCCAAGGGUCAUCUCCAGCCCAGGCUCCCACCCAAAGCCCAAGACCCCCAAGAAGCUGGAGGGGAUCACAGAGCCGCAGUGCCUCCCGCUUGGGAACGGAAUUCAGACCAUGUCCGCGUCAGUCCAGAGAGCCGUGGCCGUGUCCUCUGCGGACGCCCCAGGAGCCCGUGGGGCCGUGGAGGGGAUCCUCAUCCAGCAGGUGUUUGAGUCAGGUGGCUCCAAGAAGUGCAUCCAAGUCGGGGGGGAGUUCUACACGCCCAGCAAGUUCGAAGACCACAGCGGGGGGAAGAUCAAAGCCCGCGGCGGGGGCAGCCUCAAGCCUCCGAUCCGAGCCAAGGGCGCCCAGGGUGCUGCUCCUGGCGGAGGAGAGCCGAGGUUUGGCCAGCAGGGCAGGGUCCUCGUGCCUCCUGGUCCCCCUGGCGAACUCCAGCCCCACCAGAAGAACGAAGACGAGUGCGCCGUGUGCCGGGACGGCGGCGAGCUCAUCUGCUGCGACGGCUGCCCCCGCGCCUUCCACCUGGCCUGCCUGUCCCCGCCGCUCCCGGGCGUCCCCAGCGGAAGCUGGAGGUGCCCCAGCUGCAUCCUGGGAGGAGCCCCGCGGGACCUGCCCCGGGCCGAGGGUCCCCGACCCCGGGAGCCGCACGCAAUGACCCCGGUGCUCCUGGGACUGCGGACGGUGGGAGAGGAGGAGCGGGCUCUGCCCAGGGAGCCCCCAGCCGGGGUGGACGCCACCCCCACCUACAAGCCCCUGCAGGCCCCGCCUGCUGCCGGCCCCCUGCCCACACUGGACGCCUCGGCCCUGCGCCCCCUCCUGUGUGGGGUCCCCGAGGGCCAGCAGGGCCCGGCGGCGGGCGCGCGCUGCGGCGUGUGCGGGGACGGCGCGGACACGCUGAGGUGCGGACACUGCGCCGCCGCCUUCCACUGGCGCUGCCACUUCCCCGCCGGCCCCGCGCGGCCCGGGGUCGCUCCGCGCUGCAAGUCCUGCUGCGGAGACGCGGCGCCGGCCCCCGAGGAGGGGGCGCCCGCCCCGAGCCCCGCCCGCCCGGCCCCUGGGCCCGCCAAGGUGGGGGGCGACGCUGCUGGGCACGAGCCCGCUCUGCCCAGGGAUGACCUGGAGACACUCCUGAAUGAGCACUCCUUCGACGGCAUCCUGCAGUGGGCCAUCCAGAGCAUGUCCCGCCCACUGGCCGAGACGCCCACCUUCACUUCCUGACCCAGGACGCAGCCC